AUGGCAGUGAUGAAAGGAGAGAUCUGCGGGCCUUACCUAACGGUGAGGAUCCUGGUAGAGGAGGUGGUGUGUGAAACGCAGGGACUGAGGGAACCGGCUCCAUUUUCAGAUGAAGUGGAAAUCGAUUACAGCAAACCAUACAUCAGAGUAACAUAUGAAGAAGCGAUGAGAGGGACCCCAUUGGAUCGCCCUGUCAGAGUUUAUGCCGAUGGAAUAUUUGAUUUAUUUCACUCUGGACAUGCCCGGGCCUUGAUGCAAGCGAAGAACCUCUUCCCAAACACAUACCUCAUUGUUGGAGUCUGCAGUGAUGAGCUAACCCAUAACUUCAAGGGCUUCACGGUAAUGAAUGAAAAUGAGCGGUAUGACGCUGUGCAGCACUGUCGCUAUGUGGACGAAGUGGUGAGAAAUGCGCCGUGGACGCUCACCCCUGAGUUCCUGGCAGAGCACAGGAUCGACUUUGUUGCACACGAUGACAUCCCCUAUUCCUCUGCUGGCAGUGAUGAUGUUUAUAAGCACAUAAAAGAAGCAGGCAUGUUUGCGCCAACUCAGAGGACUGAGGGGAUCUCAACAUCCGAUAUCAUCACCCGGAUAGUGCGGGACUAUGAUGUUUAUGCUAGACGGAACCUGCAGCGGGGCUACACAGCUAAAGAGCUCAAUGUCAGCUUCAUAAACGAGAAGAAGUAUCACCUCCAGGAGCGUGUGGAUAAGGUGAAAAAGAGGGUGAAGGAUGUAGAGGAGAAGUCAAAAGAAUUUGUCCAGAAAGUGGAGGAGAAAAGUAUUGAUCUCAUUCAGAAGUGGGAAGAGAAGUCCCGGGAGUUCAUCGGCAAUUUCCUGGAGAUGUUUGGCCCAGAAGGCGCAUUGAAACACAUGCUGAAGGAGGGCAAGGGCCGGAUGCUGCAGGCCAUCAGCCCAAAGCAGAGUCCCAGCAGUAGCCCGACACACGACCGCUCCCCGUCUCCCUCCUUCCGCUGGCCCUUUUCAACCAAGACUCCUCCUUCCUCACCGGCCAACCGCUCCAGGAAUGAGUCUGCAGUCACCUAUGACAUCAGUGAGGAUGAAGAGGAUUAA